UGGGAGAAAGAAGUUUCUUCCAGAGACUAUCCAUCAACUUCCGAAUUGGAAAAAUUUCUGCGUAAACGAUGCGAACUAUUCGAGACAAUUGAAAUGAGUAAACAAUCAUCCAAUUUAAAUCGCACAUCCUCAGUUCCAAUUAGUCACAAUCCAAAGUCAUCAAGUCGAUCUCUAGCAACUACAACCAAAGAGGAUGUUUGUCACUUAAGCAGCGAAUUUCAUCGUGUCUAUAACUGCCCCCAAUUUCGAAAAAUGUCUGUUUCGGAGCGCACAAACGAAGUAAAACGACUCAAGCUCUGCCUAAAUUGUUUCGGAUCUAAUCAGAUGGCAACUAAUUGUCGUGGAAGCGGUUGUCGUAUAUUCUCAACUAAAUCUGCGACCACAGUCAACACGCAUGUUUUCUUCGCAAAUCAGGUAUUGUUAUCCACAGCCCUAGUAUUCGUUCAGGGAAAAAAUCAGAAUCACUAUCUAUGUCGAGUUUUACUAGAUAGCGGAUCUCAAUCGAAUUUCAUUACGGAAAGCAUGUGCAAAAAACUGGGUAUAAAGCGUGACCCAGUUGACAUAUCCAUAUCAGGGUUGAAUGAAGUAAAGUCCACAGUCACAUCAAAAGCCAAACUAACAAUACAAUCAUACGUCAGCGGAUUUUCGGCACUCAUUGAAUGUCUCAUUGUUUCCAAGAUCACAAAUUCUCUGCCCGAAGUAUCGUUUUCAACUUCACAAUUGAACAUUCCCAAAAACGUCAUAUUAGCAGAUCCAGAAUUCAACAUAAGCAGCCCAAUUGACAUGCUAAUCGGAGCAGAACUGUUCUACGAACUCCUAUCAAUAGGUCAAAUACGCAUUCCCGAGGGACCCAUGCUUCAAAAGACCGUGCUGGGAUGGGUGCUCUCAGGGAAAUCAGACACUGUCAAGCAACGAAGACAAACAAAGAGUUUUCUUAUCUACUCUGACGCUGAACGGGACAUAAACAAAUUUUGGGAAAUAGAAGAAAUCAAAGGUAGAAAGCCGUGGUCACAGGAAGAAACACUCUGCGAAAAACAUUUCGUAGAAAACACUGAGAGGGACAAGAAAUCAGGCAAAUUUAUUGUAAAAUUGCCCUUUAACGAGAAAAUAACAUCCUUGUUUGAUACGGGGAAGGUUGCAGAGAAACGAUUUGUAUCUCUCGAGAAAAGGCUAGAAAAGGAUCUCAAAUUGCGUGAGAAAUACCAAAAAUUCAUGCGAGAAUAUGAAGACUUGGAACAUAUGCAAGAAAUCAAAACCAUGACCGAUGAAACAAAUAAUAAUGGUUAUUAUUUCCUACACCAUCCAGUAGUAAACGACAAACAAGACAAAAUACGAGUUGUCUUCGAUGGUUCUGCACAGACAGAUUGCGGUCUGUCACUAAAUGAUUGUCAAAUGGUAGGCCCAACUAUUCAGAAUGAGUUGCUCUCUAUCAUCUUAAGGUUUAGAAAAUACCCAUAUGUUUUAACCGCAGAUAUCGAGAAAAUGUACCGCAUGGUAUUGAUGCACCCAGACUUUCAUCGAUAUCAGAGAAUUUACUGGAGAAAUCAAAGUGACGAAGAAAUGAAGACCUAUGAGUUAACAACGGUGACGUAG